AAAAAUUUUGUGACAACAAUGGGGAGCCUCAGCAACCUAGUUCGUACCUCUGGAUUUGGGGAAUCAGUCUCAGGAUCAGCUCCUUACACCAAUUAUGGCCUUGCACAAUGCUACGGGGACCUUUCUUCUCUGGACUGUGUACUGUGCUAUGCUCAAGCACGAACUGCCCUCCCCCAAUGCUUCCCUUCUACUGGAGGACGCAUAUACUUGGAUGGUUGUUAUGCAAGAAGUGAGAACUACAACUUCUAUGAGGAAUAUUUGGGGCCAACUGAUACAGCUGUUUGUGGUAACAAAACAAGAGCUAAACCAGCAUUUGUCGAGUCAGCUAGGAGGGCUGUGAUGCAGGCAGUAGCAAAUGCACCAAAAAAUAAAGGGUAUGCGAGGGAAAAGGUGUUGGUCACAGGAGAAGGAAAUGAGUCGGCCUAUGUUCUUGCCAAUUGCUGGGAGAGCUUAAAUAUUAGCUCUUGUCAGUUAUGCUUAACGAACGCAUCUUCAAAGAUAUUGAGAUGCUUACCAUCGUCUGAGGGACGGGCUUUGAACACAGGGUGCUUCGUAAGGUAUUCAAAUGUCAAUUUUCUGAACAAUGAAUCCAAGAGUGGAAUUUCAAAAGGUACUAUCAGAGUAAUAGCAGUCAGCGUUACCAGCACCGUCAUUCUUUUGGCAAUUGGGAUAGCUGCUGGAAUUCAUUUCAGGAAGCUCAGGAGAAUAAAGAAGAAACGAAGAGGAUCAAAUGAUGCAGAGGAAUUAGUGCAGAUGCUUCAUGAUAGUAGCUUGAACUUCAAGUACUCGACACUUGAGAAGGCCACAGACUCUUUUGCAGAAGCCAAUAAGCUAGGGCAAGGAGGAUUUGGAACAGUAUAUAAGGGAGUCUUGGCUGAUGGAAGGGAAAUUGCUGUCAAGAGACUCUUCCUGAACAAUAAACAUAGAGCGGCAGACUUCUAUAAUGAAGUUAACAUAAUCAGCGGCCUGCAGCACAAUAAUCUGGUUAGAUUAUUGGGCUGUAGUUGCUCGGGACCUGAAAGUCUCCUUGUUUAUACCAACAAGAGUCUUGAUCACUUCAUCUUUGAUCCCUUGUUAGGUAGAACCCUAAACUGGAAGAAAAGAUAUGGUAUAAUGAUUGGCACUGCUGAAGGUUUGGCAUAUCUUCACGAAAAUACAAUUACAAGAAUCAAUCACAGGGACAUAAAAGCAAGCAACAUUCUGCUGGAUGCAAAAUUUCGAGCAAAAAUUGCUGAUUUUGGGUUGGCCAGGACUUUUCAAGAUGAUAAAAGCCACAUUAGUACAGCCAUUGCAGGCACACUGGGAUAUAUGGCCCCAGAGUAUUUAGCUCACGGGAAGCUAACAGAGAAGGCAGAUGUUUACAGCUUCGGGGUGCUGCUGCUAGAGAUAGUCACAGGAAUGCAAAACAACAGGACAAAAAAUGAAGACUACUCAGAAAGCUUAAUAAUAGCAAGUACAUGGAAGCAUUUCCAAAGGAGCACUCUGGAAGGUAUCCUAGAUCCAAACUUAACACCACCAGAAGAAAAUGACGGCAACAUCAAUGAAGAAGCCAUGAGAGUUGUGCACAUAGGACUUCUGUGCACCCAAGAGGUACCUUCACUCCGGCCAUCAAUGUCGACAACAGUACAAAUGCUGAAGAAGGAAAGGCACCUUCCUCCACCUUCUAGUCCACCUUUUAUAGAUGAAAGGACUAUGGAACUCAAUGAUAUGUGUGAAAAUCCAAAUCACCCUCUACGAGGAGAAUCGUCAUCUUCUAUCGCUACUCUGGCUUUUAGCUCAUUUCACGGUAGGUGAUACUACAUACUUGUGAAGGUAAGACACAUUUUCUCAGAGAAGAAAACCCAAAAAAUCCAAGGCAAUCGUAAAGCGUAUGUGAAGCAAGCUAGAGACUAAACAGAGGUAAAACAGGAAAAGAUAACACAUAUUGUCAUAAGAGCUAGUAAGCAGCAUGCUCAUUACUCCAUAAAUUCCAGUAGAACCAACUAGAAUAUGGAGAUAGUUACAAAGUAAAUGUAUACUACUAAUGUAGUCGAUAAAUGGAACACUGCAUUGUUACCUUACAUUCACAGCAGUAAAUCAGCUCAAAUAAUUCGAAAUUCAUCAAUCAUCCGAAUACAACUGUAUUACUUCCUCCAUUACUUUUUAAAUGCAUCACUUUCUAAAAAUAGAAGUUUCAAUUUAGAUGCAUCAAUAUCCUUUUUGAUUAAUAAAUUAUCUCUAUCUCUCUCAUAUCACAUGGGCCUUCUUUAUUUUUCUCUCUAUCUCUCUCUGCUCCAAAAAUUGCCUAGUAGUCCAUGAAUUUAAAAGUGAU